GCAGCAGAAAAAGCGAAGCAUGCUCAUCAGCAGCAACAGGCGCAGCAGCAGGGUCAACCGCAGGGUCAGCCAGGUUCAGGUGGUUCUGUAUCAGUGAUAGCGCAUGCACCGGCAACGGCGGCUGGCAUUCCAACCAAUGCAACAGCACCAAAUGCCUACAGCAUCAGCGGUAUCCUCGGCAUCCCCGCACAUCAUCAAGAUCCAAACGGCAAUAGCAUCAAACGAAAACGCACUGACGACGAUGAAAAUAGAGAUCUGAGCGACCAUGCGGAGGAUGACCUGAAGAGACAACGGAAUAACUAUAAUGGAGACCAGCUCUAUCCUAACGCAAGCAUAGUAAACAACUUAUGGUCAAGUAAAUGGAGUAUCAAGGACGAGCAUAACAAGCUGAUGAGUGAGCUUGGUGGAGGUGGAGCUGGAAAUAACAAUUCACAAGGUGCCAACGGUGGCAGCGGAAAUGCCGGGGGUUACUACGAACACAGUGGAUUUCCCGGGAAUACCAUUGCUACUUCGGCUGAGCUGUAUGACUCCCUGGGCACAAUCAGCACAAUGACGCAAGCGCCAACCUCCCACCUUUAUUCCCCGCCCAUAGGGGGCACCAUAGGUGGAACGCUGACGCCACUCGCUCCUUUGUCGAUGCAAGAACUGAAACUCAGCCAAACUCUGGACGGGGCUAAUAUGUCUCCUUAUCACACAAGCGAAGCCAGUACCGUCGCAGUGUCGUAUGUUGGUGUGGGAGGGGGUGGGGGCGAGCAGAGUCCUCCAGUAUCGCUGCACAAUGAGGGUAAUGCCACCCCCGCAUCAGGGAAUGCACCAGGAGGUGAUCAGGGUUUAACUGUCCUUCAAUCACCAGUAUCGCAGUCCCAGGUCGCCUCAACGAUACCACCGUAUUCAACCAUGUUGCCGAGCUUUGGACACUACGGCACAGGGAGUGGAGAUUAUGCCUACAGUGCAGCGUACUCUCAAUACUCGAGUGCACCAUACAGUGGGUACGGCUAUGGAACAGCGACAAGCGGGUUGCUCAACUCUACGUACUACUAUUGCAACGGGGAUACGCUGGCGUCUUCCCAUAAUAAUUCACAACAGGGUGGAUGUAACAACGGUGGACCGGAGAGUAGUGCGGACGUGGCGAGUCGUUCACCAUUGGCUGCUACCAGAGCAAGUAGUGGUGCUAGUGCUGCAUCGCCAACCGGAAGUGCCUGCACAAAGCCGGAUCACACAAACACCCCCACAGACCUGUACCUGGCUUAAUUCGCAAGGCGACGCGAAUUGUUCGUUCGAGUGAUUAUGAAAUACCGCAUUCAGAGAAGAAAUAUUACUUUUGAGAAAAAAAAAAUAUUCACUUGACACAAGAAAAUAUUUUCUUGUCAAUUUGAGGAAUUGCAACAUCUCCUGGGGAAUCAUUUAUUUAUCACAUCGUUGUAAGAUAAAAAGGAGAAAGAAAAUCGAUCUCGAAAUAUCUCGAAAUAUCUCGAAUGACCGUAAGACGAAACCGACCCGCCACCACGACGUCGUGGCUAAAUCUCAAACAUUUAGGGGACUAUCUCGUUCGGGAAAAAUUUUUUUUUCUGUCAAUAUGAGAAAAACAAA